AUGUUUACUCAGCGAUCAUUUGCCAGUGACGACCGCUAUGUCAUGGCCAAGCACGCCAGCAUCUACCCGGACCCUGAAAACCUGGAGGCAAUCCAGACUCUGGUGUCCACGGUGGAAACCGCCCUCAAGAAGGUCUCCGAUUGGCUGAACGGGCUCAACAGCUCCCCCGGUAGCAUUGCCAUCGACGAAGCCUGUGCGGACCGAGUGGUCCACUACGCCGUUGACGGCACAAAGCUGGACACGGCAUCGACACUGUGCAGCGUGACACGAGUGGGUCUGCUAUCCAAGGGUUUACUGAUCAAGGGCGACACAGACCUGGAGCUAGUGCUCAUGUGUCAAUGGAAGCCCACCCGGCUUCUGCUCUACACCAUCUGUGCCGUCCUUCCCAAAAGAAUACAGGCAUUGAGUGAGGACAAGUACGAUGUGCGCUCGUGCGUGGACGAGGGGGCCAUCCUGGUGUCUAGCACCGAAUCCCCCUGCUUCACGCUGAAGAUCACCCUCACCUCCUUGGACAUGAGGGCCCCAGAGGGAGGCCUUCACGCAGAGGUGACACCACACGGCGAAGAGGACAGAGGUGUCCCGGACGGUCACAAGUGCCGAGCGGCACUGGCUGCGCUACGACGAGCCAACUGGUUCCAGGCCAGAGUGUCACAUGUCAAAUGUUGUGUGGUGGUGUUGAGGCUCCUCAGAGACAUGUGCAACACAAUGACAGAGUGGAGGCCACUUAAAGAAUGGCCACUGGAGCUCAUCUGCCAAAAGGCCGUCACCACCUGCAGUCGCCCAUUGGGGCCAGGGGAGGCACUGAGGCGCGUCAUGGAGUGCAUUGCCUCUGGGAUCCUACUUCCAGGAGGUCCAGGAAUUCGGGACCCCUGUGAGAGGGAGCCGACAGACGUCUUGCUCGACCUCAAAGUCCAAGAGGCCGACGCCAUGACACGCAGCGCACAGCAUGCCUUAAGACUCCUGGCCUUUGGCCAGCUUUACAAGGUCUUAAACAUGGAUCCUCUCCCCACCAACAAGCCUUCAUUACAGCUCUUAAAAGGUGGUCAGAAGCGGCCUCGGAAUGAUACUGGCCCGGAAGACAGAGACCUCGUGAAGAGAAUGAGAGUGCUGGACUGGCGCACGAUGGACCCCAACCACCCCAACAACGCCCUCAUGCGCCUCAACCAGAUCCAUCCGGGUCUGCAGUACUACCUGCUGUCCCAGUCGGGCCCAGUGCACGCGCCCAUCUUCACCAUGUCGGUAGAGGUCCAGGGAAGCUCCUACCGGGCCAGCGGGAGCUCCAAGAGAAACGCUAAGAUGCAGCUGGCCCUCAAGGUAUUGCAAGCUCUUGGCUACGUGCUGAGCAACGAUGGCGAUGCAGACUCGCUGGGCGCAGACGACAAGUCAGAUGGCGACAGAAAGAAUGACACAAUGUCCAUCAUUUCCUCCACAGACUCAAAGGAGUGCAAAGCUCCUGGUCCAAUGCUGACAGCGGCCGGUAAAAAUCCUGUCAUGGAGCUGAAUGAGAAGCGUCGCAGCCUCAAGUACGAGCUGAUCUCAGAGAGCGGCGCCAGUUACCACAAACGCUUCAUCAUACAGGUGGAGGUGGACAGGAAGGUGUUCCAGGGGGCGGGGCCCAACAAGAAAGUGGCCAAAGCCAACGCCGCCUCGGCCGCCCUCAACUGCCUCUUCACCAAAGCCGAGGCAGCCGGUGGGAAAAAGAAGCGAGCCAACCCACCUCCAAAGCGACCCACAUCCUCCAUGCUGAUGCUCGCCACUCAGCCCCUCCGAAUGCCCGUCAUUCCCAGACUGCCGUUCUACCUCAGCACGUCGCCGCCAAUGCUGCCGGCGCCGCAUGCGUACCUCCCUUCAGGUUUUGGCACUCCAUUUGGCUUCAGAGGCACCCUCCCAAACUAUGGUGGCAUGUACGUGGAUGCAGCCUGCUACCCACCACAGAGGUUGUCCACGCCCAUCCUUGUCCACCUGAGCCCUUGGGAUCUCUUCUGACUCCACCUCCCUUGAUGGUAUGGAAAAAGCCAAAACAAUAUGGACAAGACAGUAACUUUUUGAUUGAUUUUGAUUAGU